GGGCGGCGGAAUGUCAUCCAGGAUGGUGAUUGGAUCUCCUCAUAUAAACUACGCAACGAUACCGUGUGGACGUGCUUAGAAAGUCGACAAUAUGAACACUUUACCGCUGUCCGAGCACAUGUGCGACGAGGAUGCCAAACAGGCUACCAGUGUGUCCAGGAGGACUGCCCACUACGUGGUCGAUACACAUCGUCGGCCUGCCAACAUCCGUUGCUGUUUCUUGGAUGCCAUAAACCGGACGAGAUUCAGAUUGCCACCGAAUGUAAUCCGAUACGAAAAGAUGCCGAUCUUUACUCGUGUGCGGCUCAUUUUGAACACAACGAUGAUCACUACCUAGUGGUAAGAGAUGAACUCUCGGCUCAAUAUCAGUGCAUGAAAAUCCACACUUCCAACGAUAUCACGCUGAAGAUGUUCGACCAUGUUUCAUGUGAUCCGCAAUCAACAGCCGGUGCUUUACCAUCGUUGACAGUGAACAUUUCGCAUACAGAACGUUGCGAAUCUUCGUUCUUGGCCGGGUUCCUUCACUACUCAAGAUCUACAACGAUGAUUUAUCCAAUUCAAGCGUUGAUAUUGACGAAUUUGCUGGUGCUGUUCCUCUUUUCAUGA